UGGCGUGUGUUUUGGGGUUCCGCACCUUUGCCAGUCUCCCCGCGGACCUGCGAGCCGCACGCCAAGUGCCUGCCGUACUGCUCCUUCCGGCACUCCCGGCCCGCUCCAGGGUCGUGGAUAUGGACCUUUUGCAGUUCCUGGUCUUCCUGUUCGUCCUGCUCAUGUCUGGGACAGGAGUCACAGGCACCCUGAGGACCUCCCUGGACCCAAGCCUGGAGAUCUACAAGAAGAUGUUUGAGGUGAAGCGGCGGGAGCAGCUGUUGGCAUUGAAGAACCUAGUACAGCUGGAUGAUGUCCACCAGCAGUACAAGAUCCUUGAUGUCAUGCUCAAGGGGCUCUUUAAGGUGCUGGAGGACUCCCGGACAGUGCUCAUCGCUGCCGAUGUGCUCCCAGACGGGCCCUUCCCCCAGGACGAGAAACUGAAGGAUGCUUUUUCCCAGGUGUUGGAGAACACGGCCUUCUUCGGCGAUGUGGUGCUGCGCUUCCCUAGGAUUGUGCACCAUUACUUUGACCACAACUCCAACUGGAAUCUCCUCAUCCGCUGGGGCAUCAGCUUCUGCAACCAGUCGGGCGUCUUUGACCAGGGGCCCCACUCGCCCAUCCUCAGCCUGAUGGCCCAGGAACUGGGGAUCAGCGAGAAAGACUCUGACUUCCAGAAUCCAUUUAAAGUAGACCGCACAGAGUCCAUUUCUAGCACCGACCCUUUCCAGAAGGCCCUGAGAGAAGAGGAGAAGCGCCGGAAGAAAGAGGAGAGGCGGAAGGAGAUCCGAAAAGGCCCUCGAAUCUCGCGAUCCCAGUCUGAGUUAUAGCCCCGUUGCAGCCCGGGGUUCAAGGGGCCGUGAGGAGGACAGCGUGGCCAAGGUGAAGCAGUGCUGACUGGUUGGUGGUGAGAGCUGGCCCCUGUGAGAGGGGAGGCCAUGUUUGCUUCGUCCCCUGGAGCUGGCUUUGAGCCCAGCUGAAGGCACUGGGCCACAGAGAGCUGGAUUUCUUUCCACGGGCCUCCCUGGAGGGGGCAUUGAGGGGACCUUCAGAGGACACUGUGCUGAAAAUCUAACCCUCUGGAGAUGCUGGGGAGGUAGGAGUGGAUCCUCCCGGUGGGUUAGGACUGAUGGCUCACUGCUGCCCUUCAUGGGGAGGUAGCAGAACUAGGCUCUGAGCCACGUGUGGAGGUGCCACACCUGCUGCUGGCUCCAGUGUGUCACUGAGCCACAUGGCACAAGUUCUAGCCCUCUGCAGAGACACAAUAAAAGCAAACCCUCUGGGCAAAUCACAGUUGGUUUGGGCCCCGGGUAGCUGUGAGGCCCUUUACCCAGGCAGGUGGCGAGGGGCCUGGGUUGGGGAACCAGAGGCCCUCCGAGUUGCAGAGAGUACCUUAGAGUAUGUUCCCAUCUCAUCAUGGGAGCCCCAGGCUCUGGUGGGGCAGCAGAGCAGGGGCUUGGCUUAGGCCUCCUAAUCCCUUCUCAGUACUGUCCUUGACGAAGGAUCAGUGUUGGAAAGGGACUGGAAGUGUCCUGGGAGGGUGUUUAUCCAAGAUGAUCUUGGGGCAACAUGAUCUCUAUCCUCAGCUAUCUGGGAACAGUCAUAUAGCAACUUGUCCUCUCUGGCAGUGCUGGGGGACCCUCAGCCUGUGGGCAGAGGCUUGGGGACAAGCUCUGCAGAAGACUGCACUUUGUAAUGGCAGGGCUGCCCCAAGCUGGAUCAUCUAGACAGUGAGCUCUCUGGCUUAGGAGGUAUGCAAGCAGAGACCCAUGUUCACAGGGCAGGGAAGCUGCAGAGGCCCUAAGUGAGCAACUGCCCUUCAGUCAUGCUCUUCACUGGCAGGGAGGGAGAGGCUCUGGUGGGAAUUCUAGUUCUGUCUCUUUGACCUUGCCAACCCAGGGUCUGCUAAAAAGGGGAGAGCGAAGCAUCGCAGAACUCACCACCACCUAAGGGAGACCCAAGUCUUGUCUCAGCCCAUCAGACUUGCUGAGUGACCCUGGCUCCCCUUUUCUUUGCUGUCAUUUCAUUGGUAAAGUGAAUUUGAUGAUGUCUGAAUUGCCUGCUCAGCCCUGAACAAUUUCCUCUAAGGCUGGUUCUGGCUUCUCAGUGACACACGUUCUCUGCUGGUUCUUCAUUCAUCCCCUAAAUUUGCUGCACCCACUGUAAGCACAGCCAAAGAGGAGCCCAGUCUUACCUGUCUUCACCUCUGCCCCGUCUGGUACCUUCAUUCUCCUGGGCUCUUCCUUCUAUACCUUCAGCCUCUCUCCAUCUUGGUUGAUACCUUCCUCUCCAUCUUCAGGUGCUGCCAACUUCCAAGUUUUCCCAUCUGACACCUUCAGAGAAGCAAACAGAGCC